CAGACUCGGCGCAAGCUUCAGCAUUGCUAUUCACGUGUAGCAACAUUCACAAUGGCAGCGAUAUAUAAACCCACCGAAGCUAUUUCCCACCUCCGGCCCUCCUUCUUGCUCCCCCGCAUUCAGCCCUGCUCGAGUCGAAGAGCACCCAUCGGUCGCAUAGCCUUCUCCACCACUCGACAUGCACAAGCUACACACAGCUCCACGAGCAGCCCAACCCCGGCUCCACAACGAAAAUCCAUCACGUUGACGGGGGACACUGGGCAGGUGCGAUGGUCUGAUCUUUCGCCAGGGGAGAAGGCAGUGCGGACGACGCAGCAAAGCUUCAAUCUGGUAGUGGUGCUGGUGGGGAUCUUAGCAACUGGAGGCGUAGGCUACUUUCUCUUCUCCGACGUCUUUUCCCCCUCCUCCAAAACCGCCCACUUCAACCGCGCCACCACCCUCAUUCGCUCCGACUCUAGAUGUCAAAAGCUCCUCGGUCCCGGCUCUGAAAUUUCUGCCCACGGCGAAUCGUCCUGGUCGCGCUGGGCUCGAAAUCGCUACAUCAGUAGCACAACUGAGACAGACAAUUGGGGUACCGAGCAUCUGAGAUUCCGAUUUUUUGUCGAAGGCCCUCUAGGCCAGGGCGUUGUGCAUGUGCAUCUAGUGAAGAGGCCGAGCCAGAACGAUUACGAGUAUGAAACUUUGGCCGUCGAUGUCAAGGGGCAUCAGCGGAUCGACUUGAUAGCCGAGGAGAAGAAGGAGAAGGUUGCGCCCAAGAUUUUUGGCGCAAGGUGGUGGUGAACAUGCCACCAAGAAAAGGUUGAAGAUGAUGUGGAUGAUGUGACCAGACACGGCAGGACAUCGAAAAUGGUUAUGAAUAUCUGUAUGCGCCAUGUUAGAGUAGUGUAAGAUUGGCUAGGAAAGCCCUCAGUGUUCAGGAUAAGUUGUAGGCAGCCACCAUAUGCGCAAGCCGAUUAACGUCACGAUUCGUUAAGUAUAUACCCAAUUGGACAUUAGUAACCAUAAUUAUCCUUGUCGGAUAACUCCAUCAGCGUCUUUCCUAGGAACAUUUAGUAUCACUACGUGUUUGAUCAGGCUAAUACGUAUAAAUAGCCUGCUUGUACAGGCCUCCUCUUAGAGUACCCAACGAUGCGAAAACCAUGGUCUUUGAAGGAAUCAGCCAAAUGAGCUCCAUGGACGGAGUCUCUCUUCACUAGCCGGCUCGAGGUGGAUCGUAGAGGGU